UUGUGGUGAAGCGACGCGUGCCGAAUACAGAAGGCGCGUGGACUUGGCAAAUACGAUGUUUACUGAUCCACAUAUUCACUUCACUGCAAAUACAACUUCUUUAAAGUGUAUUGAAAACUGUUUUUAUAUCAGUAACUGUGUGACCACGGUGUCUUUAGGUGAUGGCGGUGAUGCGGAGUGUUAUUUAUACGACAAGCAGACUGUUGACAUGACGAAUCAAGUUUCGAGCAAUACAACAGAUAUCUUCGAGAGAGUCUCCUCAGUCAAGGUUGGCUGUCCCAUCCCAUCAACAACGUCAACGACACCGACCACGACGCCGUCCACGACGACCACGACCCCCGUGCCUACAUACCUGCUAUUUAAGUCGGAGACUCUGACUUGGGAGGGGGCAAGAGGGGUAUGCCAGGCGGAUGGUGGUGACCUGGCAAUUCUUGAUACUCCGGAGGAAGUACAGCUCGUGACUGACACUAUGACAGGGUACAACAUAUGGAUAGGAUUCGACCGAUCCAACCCGAAUGACGUGCUCGCCUGGGUAGAUGGACGGAACGUAUCGGGUGUGACCUGGAAGUCUGGCCACCCUGAGACGCCUGGUGAACUGUGUGGCGCUAUUGCUAUAUCCUCUACAACGUUCUUUAAAUCAGAUGUCUGUUCAAGGAGUGACCCCUUCAUCUGCGAGUUACCAGUUGUGUAAACACCAGGUUCUAAUGCUGCUGUACAGAUUGUCCUGAUCUUCUGGCGGGGACAACAGGAGUCUCUCUGUGCUAUAUCUUCUGGCGGGGACAACAGGAGUCUCUAUGUUGUAUCUUCGGAUGGGGACAACAGGAGUCUCGAUGCUAUAUCUUCUGACGGGGACAACAGGAGUCUCUAUGCUAUAUCUUCUGAUGGGGAUACUAGGAGUCUCUAUGCUAUAUCUUCUGACGGGGACAACAGGAGUCUCUAUGCUAUAUCUUCUGACGGAGAUAACAGGAGUCUCUAUGCUAUAUCUUCUGACGGGGACAACAGGAGUCUCUAUGAUAUAUCUUCUGACGGGGAUAGCAGGAGUCUCGAUGCUAUAUCUUCUGACGGGGUCAACAGGAGUCGCUAUGCUGCGACUACUACUACUACCACCACCACCGCCGCCGCCGCCGCCGCCGCCGCCGCCGCCGCUACUACUUCUAUUACUGUGACUAAUAGUAUAUUUGGGAUAACACUUUCUUAGUGAAGUACUGAUAAUGGUAAAUUUUUCUAUAUAUUGAUUGUGUACUUAUUCCUACUACUACUACUACUACUACUACUACUACUACUACU